GUUAUUUUGUAAGAGCAAGGGCAAAUGGGAUGAAGUACCAUAUGUAGAAUUGUUUUUUAUUUUAAGAGGGGAUGAGGAAUGGAAAAAGGCGUGUGGCAUAAUGGUUGUUAGCACAAAAUCGGAUGAGCAACAUGAGGGAUGUGUGACUGAGAAGAAAUGUACGAAAUCUCUGGCAGCGGAAAAUGUCUUUCUUUUGCUUUUCAGAAGUCAUAAGAGUUUGGGACACUGUGUCUGAGUACAUGCUGCAGCAGAUUGCACUGAACAAGGUGGGGGUUUCCUCCUCUUCCUCCUGGUACCUGGAUGCUCGCAGUAGCCCAGUCAGGUGCCUCCUCUGACACCGAGGCCUCCUGAGAUGUCUCCAGGAAAGCCUGAUGAACAAGGCAGAGGGUGUCUUUCUGAGAAAAUCUUCAUUAAUCAAGGGAGGUUUUGGCCCAAGAUAUCUAAUCAAUUUGAAAUGGACUUUGUGGAAGGGUGUAUAUAAGCCAGCAGACAGUGUGGCACUGCAAAUUGUGGGGAAGUCCCUGCUGAAGGGUAGGACCCCAAGUCAACCACCGCCGCCAGGAGGAGCGCAUGCACAAGGGAAGUCCACCUGCGCCCAAAGCCGACCGCGCCUCAGACACUGCUCUAUGGACACGUGUGGCCUGCCAGGUGGAGUUUGUCAUACCUCCCCAGGACUGAGGUGGAGCAAAGGCAGGGUCUCAAGGAGGAAGCAGGUGUAUGUGCCUGUGAAGAUCUCUGUGCAGCUCCACACUGCCCUGCUAGCCAUCCAGCAGGUUGGGAAGAGCAGAAGGAAGGGCUGGAAGCCAGAGCACCUCUGGUUCCUUGGAUGCAUCUCUUCGAGCAGAGGUGGUGUUGUGCCCUCCUGCACUGCCUUCUUCUCCCCAGCCAGCAGCAGGGGACAGGAUGCACCUCCUGAACUGUGUGAGAAGGUGCCAGGAGCUGCUUCUGCCUGGAGGAGUCAAGAGUCCCAUCAGCCUCUGCAGAACUGAAGAAAAUGUGGCACAUCAGAGCCUAGGCAGGACUCCUCUAAGUGGUAGCGACCAGCCUGUACUUGAAAUGGAUCUGCUGGAAAUAAAAAUGCUACUGCAAACCUCAGGCGGAGUGGACAGCCAGAGUCUGGCUGUGGUGGCGGGAUAGGAUAACCUGGGCAGAGGUUCCUGAAGCCAUUUCUGAGGCCUUUGAGUACUAUGAUUUCUGUGAGGGCGGUGAGAGAAGACACAGUCAUUGCGUUCGGUCCCCCAUAACGGCAGUGGGACAAGGAGCCAGCAGAGGCUGUCCCUGGCAGCAGGGGGCAGAGCCUGGGAUGGUGAAAAUGCACUGCCUUGCAGAGUGCCAGCCAGCUAUGUCCCCCUCCCUUCUCUGCAUCACUGACAGGAUAAGGGGUCCUCGUGUCCAGCUUGGAUACCGGCAUCCAAAGUGACAGGCCCCGAUCAGCAGGGCUGAAACAAAAUCAGUGCCCCAUGGAUGAUCCGUAUCACGUUGCUCUGUGCACUCUAUAACUGUAACUUCUUGCAUUGCUGUGAUCAGUAGAAUUGUGCUGUGCUGCUGUGACUGUACCUUCUCCAGCACACGCAGGAUGUGUGUGCACCGCCGGGGGGUGAUGGGCACGGUGAGACCCCUCUCUGCCUCUCGGGAGCUGCUGUGCCCUUCGGAGGGGCUGUGGCUGUGGUUGGAUGGCCAGAGCUUUGCAGCCCCAUUUGAUGGGCAGUGCCAUGGGGCCAGCCCAGACUGGGCUGCUUGAUUGCUCUGGGCUGUUGGAGAGGACAGGAGGUGGGGAGAGGCUGGGCUGGAAAGAGCCCAGGAGAGGAAAACACCGGUGUGGAGCUGAGCUGUGAGCGUGCAGGGUGAGGGCACCCAGCAGGUGCUCACGGUGCAGAGCCAGGUGUGAUGGUGAAGGAAGGAAGGACCAACGGGGCGAAAGAGAUGGACCCGGUCUGUGCUAUGUUCCCUGGAGACUGUGAGAAAUCUGCCCCAGGGAGAUCAUCCCAGAUGAGUCCCACACCCCAGCCAUUUCCAUAUCUGGCUGAACAUCCCAAGCCUGAAGAGGGACUUUUACUGCAUGGUCACCUCUGUCCUCCUCCUUUGCUCACUGAUACCCAACUCCACCACCAUUAUCAAUAAAAAGGGAACCCGUUUCCUACUGAUGUUUCCUGCGCACCAGUCCCACAGCUCUUGCCACCGCUGGUCUCCUGGCCAAGCCCGUUCUCACAGAGCUCCGAACACAUCAGAGGCUCAUGGUCUUGGCUCAUCAAACACUGAGAAAGUCCAUGGAUUGGCCCCUCAGACACCCAAUCACAGAAACAUUAAGGCUGGAAAAGCCUCUGGGUUUCCCCAACCCAGCCCCGUGCACGGAACAUCCCAAAGUGUCAACUACGCUCGGUCUGGAACCCCCAGGGGUGGAGAAUCCCCCACUGCCCUGGAGCCUCUGCCAGGGCUUCACUGCUCUCACACAAAGGCAUUUUCCCUCAUGUCCAACCCAAACCUCCCGUGGUGCAGCUCAAGGCCGUUUCCUCUCGUCCAUUGACACCGAAAAUGCCACAAAUCCAGGUCUGAGACUUGUGUUGGAGGUUUAGAAAGCGAGCAUGCUUGGCCAGGGCUGGGCACAACAGGUGAUCUCCAGUGAUCUCCAUCAAUCACGGGCAGCGAGGCAAAGGCUGGGACAGAAUCUAUAUCCCACUUCCAUGGCUAUGGAUCAAUUUUCCCAGAAAUCUUAUGCCUGUUCUGUUACUUUCCAAGGUCUGAUUUUAAUGUUGUCAUGAACUUCACAACACAAUUUCUGCUAUGUCCAUCAGAACAGGGAGAGAAAGCCUUUCUCGGAGGUGAUGUGUGGGUCAGAAAAAUGCCCACCCUGUGGCUGCGUUUGCCCCAAAUAUUCAGUCUGCAGAGGUUCCCUGAGGCAGAAGAGCCUUCAACAGUGCAACACAACUGAUGGGGGUUGCCCUGCUGAAGAGCACAACCCCAGCGUGCGCUGGUCCCCAGUGUGUCUAUUUUUGGAAAAUCGUUGAAGAGGAGACACCUAUGAGAAGCCAAUCUGAUACUGAUUUGUAAAGAAGAAAUACAGGUAGUUAGGAUCAGUUAAAUCCAAGUUUUAUUCCAUUAAGUAAUGGAACACAUAUAAAGAAAUUAUAACUCUCUUGUGAAUAGCAGGAUUGCAAACAGAAUACGUUUAUAACGAAUGUGAGUUAAACCUCAGGGAACUCGGGAAGGUUGAUUUUUUCUUUUCACAAAGUUACUCAAUAAAAUGAUAAAAUCAAUGUGAUGUGAUGUGUAAAGCUUGAAAACAGUCCUGAGGAGCAUUUCAGAACAGGUGAAAAAUUUUUGCGAUACUUUAAGCUAACUACUGCAUUUGCUGUAGGGAAACAACCCUCGAUUACUGGGAGAGUAGAUUACAUGACUCAAUUGCAGAUGUUCUAGGAAAGAAAAUAUUAUGUAUUAAGGAAUUAACUGAACUUCCUUUGCAAUCAAAGGGAAAACUCCAGAUGGACAGACUCAAAUAAUCAUUUCUCGGUCUUCUGGCGAAACACUCUUUAAGUAAUAUAUACUCCAUUUUAAAAUAGAUUUGAAAAUUUGAGAAUUGUGUUUUCAUUUCAAUUAAAAAGUAAAAAUAGCUGCAGUAGUUUUUAUUGGUAUGCAUUGUGUUGUGUCCAAACACUGGGAAUGAGAUUUCAGGGACAGCAUUAAGAGGAACUUCCAAAAACUGACUUCAAGUAAUUUGCUCCUAUGCGAGUAAGAACCAAUUAAAGAGGAUUAACUGUUUUUUCUCCAGUUCAGAGCCACAAUCUAUUCCUUCCCUCAAUAAGUAGUUAACCCAGCCUUCAUCAGAAAAACAGAAAACCGGGGGUCACGGUGCCAGGAAGUUCCCUCGAUGGGCCUAAAGGGAGUG